CACGACCAAUGAAAGAGUUCUCCGCUCUCAGCUGAUAUGGUUUGAGUUAGGUUAUUUGUUUGCAAGCUCUCCAUGUGUAGGUGAAUACUUCAGGAUUUGGCUUCCAUUUGAAGGUGUCAGUAUCAAGACAUGGCCACGCGUCUACGACCGAGCAGUAAACGGUGUGCAGUAAUUGGGGGUUCCGGAUUUCUUGGUAGACACCUUGUGGAGCGGCUGGUUGACAAAGGAUACACAGUGACGGUGUUUGACAUCCGACAGAGUUAUACAAUUCCAGGGGUCACAUUUCACCAAGGGGACUUGUGUGACAAACAGGCCUUACUCAAGGCAUUGCAGGACGUGUUGUUGGUGUUUCAUUGUGCCUCUCCAGCCCCUGGCAGUGAUGACCGCGCUCUUUUCCACAGAGUGAACAUUGAUGGGACCCGGACAGUGAUAGAGGCCUGUCAGGAAGCAGGUGUGCAGAGACUAGUCCUGACCAGCAGUGCCAGUGUUGUCUUUGAAGGAACUGACAUUAAGAAUGGGAAAGAAGAUCUGCCUUAUGCCAAAAAACCUAUUGAUUACUACACAGAGACCAAGAUCCAACAGGAGAAGCUUGUUUUGAAUGCCUGCAGUAAGGAGAGGGGCUUCCUGACCGUGGCCAUCCGACCUCAUGGCAUCUUCGGGCCGCGUGACCCCCAGUUAGUGCCCAUCCUUGUCGACACAGCCCGACGUGGGAAGAUGAAGUUCAUCAUUGGAGAUGGGUCUAACCUCGUGGACUUCACUUUCGUGGAGAAUGUUGUUCAUGGACACAUUCUGGCGGCCGAAUGCCUGAAAGCGGAGUCGCCUCUGUGUGGUCAGGCUUACCAUAUCACGAAUGAUGAACCAGUGCGCUUUUGGGACUUCAUGUCCCAGGUACUGGUGGGACUGGGCUACGACGCUCCUCGUUACCACCUCCCCUAUUGGCUGGUGUAUGGGAUCGCUGUCCUGCUGUGGUUUCUGACGUUACUGUUACGCCCGCUGGUGGCGAUCAAACCCACCUUCACUCCCAUGCGUGUGGCUUUGGCUGGCACUCACCACUACUACAGCUGUGCCCGUGCUAAACGGGAUAUGGGUUACCAGCCUGUGGUGAGUUUAAAGGAGGCCAUCACCCGCACUGUGGAAAGCUAUCCUCAUCUUCGCCGGGAUGUGCUCAAAGGUGCCAAGUCUUGACCCGUCUGCACCUCUGACCUGGUCCGCCUGCGCAGGUGUUUAGUGUUUCUCCUCAAAUGUGAAAUACGAGCUUUUUGACAGAUGGUGUGUGAGGAGUGUAAUUUUUAUGUCUGAACAGAGAAUUUUUCUUCCUUGUCUUGACUCGGUGCGAAGCUGCUCUCACGUAAUCUGCAACAAAUGGUUAUCUCUCAAAAUAAACAUAGCGUUUUAACCCAUUUGAAAGAUUACAAGACAUUUGACCUUGCUGAAUAUUUCAGAUGGUUUCCAAAGUAUGGUGCAAAAAAAUAUUUUGUAAAUGAUCAGAGCUACAAAUGUUUAUAGCACUUUUUUUGUAAGCGUAUAUUUCACAAGUGUUGUUUUUCCCCACACUACCCAUAUUAAAGAGUCAUUGGGUCAACCCUCAA